GUAAAAAAUUUUUACAUAAUUGGUGUCAGUGGAAGGAAUAGUGUCCCAUCAUUGGUGUCAGUGGGAGGAAUAGCGCCCUGUUGUUGGUGUCAUGGGAGGAAUAGUGCCCGAUCAUUGCUGUCAGUGGGAAGAAUAGUGUCCCAUCCUUGGUGUCAGAGGGAGAAAUAGUGCCCCAUUGUUGUUGUCAGUGGAAGGAAUAGUACCCUAUCAGGGGUGGACUGACAACUCAUGGGGCCCCCCGAGCAUUAGGGUUUCCAAAUGGUCAGUCCGCCCCUGUACCCCAUAACUGGUGUCAGUGGAAGGAAUAGUACCGCAUAAUUGGUGUCAGUGGGAGGAAUAGUGUCCCAUCAUUGGUGUCACUGGGAGGAAUGG